ACAUACCAAAAGUAGAAUCGCAGGGAAAACGUGCCUAGUUUAAGCCAUGCUUUCUAAGGUUCCGAUAUUGAUUCUCUUACUAUCCAUGACCAUAACAGUAGCACCAACUUCAUCCCAAGAUGAUCAUCGUGAUCCCUUCGUCUUCAAUAAUGGAUUCAAGCCAAGCGACCUGGACCUCGACGGCUCAGCUGAAAUAACCUCAAAUGGCCACUUGAGGCUCACAAACGGCACAAAACAGAAUUCUGGUCAUGCUUUCUUUCCCAACCCAGUAAGUUUCAAGGCCACCUCAAACGGCACCGUUUCUUCCUUCUCCACCACAUUCGUCUUCGCCAUCAGAUCGGAGUUCCCCACUCUGAGCGGCCACGGCAUCGUUUUCGUGAUCGCUCCGACGAGAGGCCUCCCCGGAGCUCUUCCAACCCAGUACCUUGGCCUUUUCAACAGAUCCAACGAUGGCAACGCCACAAACAGAGUCAUCGGCGUUGAGCUCGAUACGAUACGUAACAGAGAGUUCAAAGACAUCAACGCCAAUCACGUGGGGAUUGACAUUAAUGGUUUAACCUCGGUUAAAGCUGAACCGGCGAGCUAUUUCGACGAAAAAAAAGGUGGGUUUACGAACUUAUCUCUUAUAAGUGGUAAGCCGAUGAAGGUAUGGGUCGAGUAUGAUGCUGUUAAGAAGCAGAUGAACGUAACUUUAGCUCCGGCCAAAGCUGUUAAACCUCAGAAACCGCUUUUGUCUUUGACCGAAGAUCUUUCACCGAUCAUAAAGGACACCAUGUUUAUUGGUUUUUCUUCCUCAACAGGGUCUAUUAUGAGUAAUCACUAUAUUCUGGGUUGGAGCUUUAAGAUUAAUGGCGAAGCUCAAGAGCUUGACUUCUCCAAACUCCCGAAGCUACCUCGGGUCGGACCCAAACCAAAAUCCAAGCUUUUGACAAUUGGGUUACCGGUGAUUUUAUCAAGCUUGGUGGCUCUAGUGAUCUUCAGUUUAGUUCAUUUCAUCAGAAGGAAGAGAAAAUUUGCAGAGCUAAUCGAAGAUUGGGAGUCCGAAUAUGGACCCCACAGGUAUAAAUACAAAGAUUUGUAUAAGGCCACGAAGGGUUUCAAGGACAAAGAUUUAUUGGGCAGCGGAGGAUUUGGAACAGUCUAUAAAGGAGUAUUACCUUCCAAAACAGAGAUCGCUGUAAAAAGAGUCUCUCACGAAUCAAGACAGGGUACGAGAGAGUUCGUGGCUGAAAUCGUCAGUCUCGGCCGGCUUCGGCACCGGAACGUGGUACAUCUUUUGGGCUAUUGUCGCCGGAAAGGUGAGCUUCUUUUAGUGUACGACUACAUGCCCAAUGCGAGCCUAGACAAGUACAUAUACGACAAACCGAAAACGACACUAAAUUGGAACCAAAGAUUUCGGAUCAUAAAGGGAGUUGCUUCAGGUCUAUGCUACCUUCACCAUCAAUGGGAACAAGUCGUCAUCCACCGUGACGUGAAAGCCAGUAACGUACUACUUGACGGCGAGUUAAACGGCCGGUUAGGAGACUUCGGUUUAGCUAGAUUGUAUGACCAUGGAACCGACCCUCAAACAACCCACGUCGUCGGAACACUCGGGUACCUCGCCCCGGAGCAUACCCGAACCGGAAAGGCCACAACGAAGUCUGACGUCUUCGCAUUCGGAGCUUUCCUGCUCGAAGUGGCAUGCGGUCGACGCCCCAUUGAAGGGAAAGGAAAGGAGGUGAUGAUUUUGGUAGAUUGGGUUUUCUCGUGUUGGUGCAGAGGAAGAAUUAUCGAGGCCAUGGAUUCCAAUAUGAUAGAAUCAGAUUCUACCGAAGCUGGAGUCGUACUAGAGGAGGAAGUAGAGUUGGUAUUGAAACUGGGGUUGUUGUGUUCACAUUCGGAGCCGGGGCUGAGACCGAGCAUGAGGCAAGUUGUGUCGUUUUUGGAGAGAGAUGUGUCGUUGCCGGACAUGUCGACGAUGGGGCUUUCGGCAGCGGGGUUGACGUUCGCGCAUAAAGAAGGGUUCGUUGAUUUUGCGUCGUCUAUGGCGCUUUUAUCUCAAGAGUCGUCGUCUUCUGUGGCCGAGUCACUACUCUCCGGUGGCCGCUGAGUUGAAUCUGAGUGGUGUGUGAACGGGCUUUUUGGCUUUCUUCUUUUAGUUUGCCUAUUU